UCCCGGACAGGUGCGUUGGAUCUGUUUGCACAACAUGGACUCAGGUAGGCUAACGAGCUGAAUUAGCUUCAUUAAUUCAGAGAAAAUGGGAUGAAUUGAACCUGAUGUCAGUUAAAGUUUGAGCGGAAUACGUGAGAAGAAGCCGCCUUGUUGUCUGAAGCGCUGAAACGUGAAAUGUGACUCAGACAGGUGAGAGAGAUGCAUCAUGGGCAGGAAUGGACCAAAGAGUCAGCCGUCAUGUCACAGAGCAGCCUGCGAUCCUGCUGCCGCCUCACUCACGCUGCUGAGAAGCAACAGAAUCUCCAUGUGGUUUUGUGAAGGUGACGUAGUGUCAGUAUGCAGGGAACACAGCGGACACACUGCCUGAGGACCCCCUUCCUCCUGCUGUAUGCUGCUGUAGGCUCCUCCACCCGGAGCUGAGCCCCCGGUGGAGCGCGAGUGAAAGGGGACCCCGCCAGCCUCCAUGGCUCACUCGUCAGACCCGUCCCGCAGGGAGAAGACCCCCGGGACUCAGGGGUCACACACCGCUACGCGCAACCUCUUACGGAAGAAGGAGCAGCGCCGGCGUGGAAUCCGAUCCUCCUCACCCAUGGGCCGGGUCAUCCUCAUCAACUCUCCUGUGGAUGGUGGAGACGACAGCGAGGACCUCCACACCAUCACAGUGGAUAAAAGUGUGGACGGCAAGUUGGGCUUCAGCGUGCGUGGCGGCUCGGAGCACGGCCUCAGCAUCUUUGUCAGUAAGGUGGAGGACAACAGCACAGCAGAGGAGGCCGGCCUGCUUGUCGGUGAUAAACUGGUGGAGGUGAACGGUGUCAGCCUGGAGAGCAUCACCAUGAGCAGCGCUGUGAAGGUCCUGACGGGCAACAACAGGCUGAGGAUGGUGGUGAGGCGGGUCGGCAAGGUGCCCGGCAUCCGCUACUCCAAGGAGAAGACUACCUGGGUGGACUUGAUACACAGGCGGAUGGUGGUGGAGGAGAGCGGACGGACUCCUUCAGAGACGAGCUCAGGAAGCGCCCUGCAAAGGAUCGUCCACCUCUACACCACCUCGGACGACUACUGUCUGGGCUUCAACAUCCGCGGGGGGAAGGAGUUUGGUCUGGGCAUCUAUGUCUCCAAACUGGAUCCCGGUGGUCUGGCUGAGCAGAAUGGAAUCAAGAUGGGGGACCAGAUCCUGGCUGCCAACGGAGUGAGCUUUGAGGACAUCAGCCACAGUAGUGCUGUGGAGGUGCUGAAGAGCCACACGCAUGUGAUGCUGACCAUCAAGGAAGCAGGACGAUACCCUGCUUAUAAGGAGAUGGUGGCAGAAUACAGGUGGCUCAAUAAGCUGGCCAACGGUACUCAGAAAUCUUCCUCUCAGGGUUCAGACUCCAACUCCUCGGCUUCGUCUCUGUCGUCUGGGACUCCUGUCAGCUCUCUGAGCGGCCUGUCGCAGGUCAUGUUCCCUCCCAGCAUGCCGUUUGGUUCAGAUAUGGUGGAUGUUUGCAUCUCGACUGAGGACCAGAGGUCCGAGUCGGAGCGAACCGAGACCGCCAUCCAGACGGACCUUCCCUCUCAGAGGACGGGCGCGGACACCACCCGCAGCCUGGGACGAACCACUCUGCUCAGGGACACCGUGAUCCGGGCGGAGGAGGCCGGAGGGAAGAGCGAGAACCCGAAGACCGCCGUGCUGCUGGCUCUCAGCAGGCCGAGCCGACCCAUCAGCAGGUCCCAGAGCCAAGUCACCGUGGCAGAGAUCAAGCAGAAGAAGGAGAAGAAGCAGAAAGGGAAGGACCCCGAGGAGAAGAGCACCCUGCAGCGCUCCAAGACCUUCGUCAACUUGUUGUUCAGAGGUGGACGCAAGAGGGACGCUUCCAGAGGACGCUCCAAGUCCCCGUCCACAGACAAGGGACGCAAAGACGGACGGCAGGUCAACGUGAUGCCAAAUUCAGAGAUGCUCGGCGUGGUGGAGGACAUGGCCCGCAGGCUGCUGACGGAGGAGGAGGUGGCUGCUGUGAUGAAGUCGUGUCGGAGGUACGUAGCAGAGCGGUCAGUGGAGAACUUGAUACGCCACCUGCUGGUCGUGCUGGACAGACCUGAGAAGCUGCUGCUGCUCAGAGAAGUCAGGAUGCUGCUUCCUCCGUCCGACCUGAGCUUGUUCAACAACACGGUGACCCCCAUCGAAGUCGAGGCCUACGACAUCCUCAAGUAUCGCUCAAUCCGAACUCCUCUUCUUCGCUCUCCUACGUCCGGUCGAGCACCCAAGCGCCGUCUCAUCACUCCGAUCCCGGACUACAGGGGAGGCUUUGAGCUCCACAAUGCUGAGGAGGUGGAGAAGGAGAGCCACCUGCUGGAGGAGCUGGAGAAGCUCAGUCUGUCCGGGCCCCGGGGGUCCAAGGAGAGGCCCCACACCUCCAGGUCCUUCACCCCGCUGCUGGACAUACCAGUGGACGGAUACGCAGAGUCCAGAGACCUCAGAUCCCCCUCCUCCAGCGCCAUGCUUCCAAACUGGCUGCUGGCCCGCAACGAUGACCCCCACCCUCGCCUCCGCACGGACAUCGGGACCAUCCGCUCCGUCCACUUUGACGAAGUCUCGCUGCACUCGACUGCAGAGCGAGGAAGGUCCACGUCCAGAAACGGACUCUCCAAAAGCAAAAAGGAUAAAAGUGGAGAGAGGAGUAAAGACGGCGUGUUCACGCUGCAGAGUGCUGCUCGCAGGAGUCGCCCGCUGUUGUCGCAGGUCUUCGGUUCAAGUCCCGAUCAGCAGACGGGGAGCGAACAGAUGAACGGACAUCAGGCCGCCGCAGAGAACGGACUCAACGGCUCCGAGCCCGAACAGGAGUACAAGCUCAAAACCGUCAGCAUCUCCAAGACCAAACAGUCGCUGGGCAUCAGUAUAUCAGGAGGGAUGGAGUCCAAGGUUCAGCCGGUGGUGAAGAUCGAGAAGAUCUUUCCUGGAGGAGCCGCCUCCACCUGUGAAGUGCUCAAGGCUGGAUUUGAGUUGGUGUCUGUGGACGGAGUCUCUCUGCACGGAGUUACUCACCUGCACGCCGUCGACAUCAUCAGAAAAGCCUUCAGCAACAAGGCCAAAGACCCCAUGCUGUUCGUGGUCAAAGUCCCCAAAAACCUCUGAAAAAGAAGAGUGAACACUGAUCACGAGUUUAUAAAAAUGUUCCUGUGAUUAUCAGCUUCUCCGGACCUGAACAGUCUGAUGAGCUCUGAGGUCGGGGAGGUCAUUUUGCCAGAAACACAGACAUGGACGCUGGCGACUGACAAACAAACAUGGCCUCAGGCAGCAGAUCACAGGACUUCAGAACCAAAUGACGGAAGUUAUGAAACAAUGUUACCACAAAAAUAGUCACAGACAUCUGAAGUUUGAACUUUAAGCCCUCAGAGUCUGAAAUCAUGAAACAAUGGUGCUCCUGAUGCCUUAAAAUGUCACUUAUCACAACCCAGGAGCCAACGCCUGUCAACAACACGACUUCUUUGUACAUUUUGUGUCGUUUUAACAUUUUAUCCUCCCAAAAAACAAGUGAAUGUGUCAUUGAUCAGGAGUGUAUGUCGCUGCUUCUGACGACAAAUUGUAACCUGAGUGCCUUUAAAAGCCCUGUGGACUGAACGUUUACACUCAAAAGAUAUGAAGGCAGCACUUCUGUUUUUGAUCCUUUUUAUGUAAACUUAAGAUAAUUAUUUCUUCAUAUUCACUUAAAACGACUUUGAACAAAUUCCAGCUCAAAUCUGACAGAAAUCAUUAUUUUGUGUGCUUAAAAUAGUCAAACCUCAGACUUCAAUUUGUGACAAACAGGAACAAAAACAUGAGCGUUGGGUUGGAGUGUAAACGCUGACCAGCAGAGGGCAGACACGAUCUGUUCAGAAACAUUUCUGCUCCUGCUGAAGGAAACACAAACCUUUACAGCAUCACCUGAAUGUAACACAAUGAGAACUGAAGAAUAACUGAUCAGAGAGAAUUACAGCCCAGAUAAAACUGCUACUGUCCUUGUUGAAUAUUGACAAAAAUAAACUUGUUUACUCUUACUGA